AACAAGUGCAGCGCGUUGAUGUCUCGCUAUCGGGAAAGCGCGCGAAAAGCGGCUCGAGCUCAGUUGCCUCGCGCCUUCCGCCCGAGAUGGUCGCCACGCGCGCGCUCGCUCUAGCCGCGCUGCUCGCGCUCGCGGCCGCCCACCUACCCUCCCGGGACAACAUACUCCGAAUACAACUAUGGGACGCCGAAGGACUAACCAGGGAACCCGUAACCCCGCCCCGAGAAAAAAGUUGAAGGUCAACUUAGACUCGCUCUAUAAAGCUAUGUUAGAAGAAGAUGGUGGAGAAGUCGGAAGAUUCACCAGGCACAAAGUGCGGCAUAAGCGCCGCAGACCGCGCGAAGUUGAGAACUUGGUCCCGUGGCGGUUUCACGAAGGAAACACUUCCUUAAACGUUAUCGAGUACGAAGGUGACGAACCUCCAGACUUGUGGUCUAGUGCAGUGAGUGACAGUGUCGUGCGUCCUGAGCCGGAUCCCCCGAAGGCGUACCGUCAGGAGCAGGACCAAGACGAAGAAAUCAAAAAACAGCUGCCAGUGGUACCAAAAUGCUGCGACAGCGGUCAGAACCUCACGUUCACGUUCCAAAAUGGAGCGACGCGGUCAGUCUGCGCGCGGAGCAGUCUGACCUUCCAGCCCAUCUUCCAUAAAGCCAACGAGUCACAUAUCUGGAGCUACGACAGCAAUGUGUUUGAAACUAUUGUGGGAAACCCUUGCGCGUAUGACAGAUACAAACUGGAACCAGACAAAAUCAGCGAAGAUGAGUUCUACCUCCUCGUCAACGGGUCUCUCUUUGUCCCCUUCAGCAAGCCACCUUUACUUAGCACCAAAGAUUUCUGCAUGGAGACAUUUUACAACGAGUCCAAUCCUGCUGGAGUGACUUUACCUCUGGUGUGCUUCUCUCAGCCGGUGGAAACGGCUAAAACCUCUACCACGCUUAUUCUUUAUGCAGUUGGUUUACUAAUCUCCGUGCCGUUUCUGCUUGCAACGGCGUGCGUGUACACAUUCAUCACCGAGCUACGAGACACGCAUGGCAAAGCUCUGGCAUGCCAUUCGACUUGUCUGGCAAUCGCCUUCUCCUGUCUGGCAGCUACGCAACUGGCGGGCCAUGCGUUUCCAGUCGUGGCAUGCACUAUAAUGGCUUACCUCAUCCAGUUUUCGUUCGUGUCCUGUUUUUUCUGGUUGAACGUUAUGAGCUUCGAUAUUUUUCUAAAUGUUAGGCGAUACCUAAACUCGUCAGUAAGCAGAAGAAGCAUGCGGCGUCGAUUCGCGUGGUACUGCGCGUAUGCUGUAGUCCUACCGGUGAUAUUAUUGGUGGUCACCAUCAGCAUGGAACUAUCGCCAGCUGUACCCAGCACUUAUCUCAAGCCUAACUUCGGGGUAAAGGGCUGCUGGUUCAAAACGGACCAAGCAGCCCUACCCUACUUCUACGGGCCCGUCGCGGCCAUCUUGUUGAGCAACCUCGUCAUCUUCGUGUGCACUUCGCGAGCGUUCGCGAAGCAUUAUGACAAGCUGAAGGAUGUUACGCCACUAGACCUUGCCCAUUCAGACUUCAGUACGACGGACGACUGGGUGCGCCUGGGCACAGUCUUAGGACAGCCUUUGACUGUUCCUGAGCGGUCGCCCACGAGGGACAGCGGUGGAUUUACGCAGCGGUUAAAAAAGUAUAGGAAAAUAUUCCGUACAAGUUGCCUACUCUCCGUCAUCAUGGGUUUAUCCUGGGUGCUGGAGGUGGUCUCCUGGUGGGCAGAAGCUGGCUCCAGCUCCGUCUCCGUGUGGUCGGUGUUUGACAUCAUCAACGCUCUUCAAGGCGUUGUCAUUUUUGGCAUGUUUGUUCUGCAGCAGCCCGUGCGAUCAUACGUGAAGCUAUCAAAAUUCUGCCAAUUCUGUCGACGAAGAAGGGACGGUUCAGAAGUGUCUGUAGUGAGUGCAAAGUGUAGCGUCGGCUCCGGAAGGAGAGACUUCGUGUAAAGUGUAUAUUAUAUAUAACUGGAAUAGUGUCACCAUAUGCAUGUGUUUAUCGCGCACCUACUACCUCGCUUCGUCUCCAGCGGUAUCAGGGAUGGACGAACUGUAGCCUUAGCAAUAUCGAUGUCGACUGGACAGAAAAGAUAAUGGACAGAGAGAGGUCGUAGACCAAGAUCCACUUCAGAUCGUCGUGUCACAAUAAUCAGAGAGUGGUCACAAUUGCCUCUACUCGAAAUUCAUUGAGGCAACUUUACCUAUCUUCGGUAUAGGAGAGAUACAUUGCUACUCUUGAAAGGUAUCACUGAUUCUUUGCCAGGCGAAUAAUAUAAACUGGUUCGGAGGUUCCAUCACUUCUGAUAUCAUAAUAAAUGGAUCCAUUGAUGAAAGUGGUUGUACCUAUAUGGACUUGAAUAAAAUGGUCGCGUUUAUGAGCAGUCACACUAUAGACGCUCGAGACUGAUAUUAGUAACAGUAUUAUUAUUUAAGAUCGCUCCAGUGGUUUGAAUUUUUAGUAUCAGAUAUUUUUUUGUUGCAUUUUUAGCUACAUUAACCUCUUUUCAAGGUUUUAUGGCAGUUAAGUUUACUGAAAAGCGUUUGCAUUAAUUUACUUGGCUUGCGGUUGUCACACUUAUGCUUUGUCGAUGUCGGUGUGUGUAAUGAGUAAUUUUAAUAAAAAAAAUACUUUUUAGACUUUUACUGCAAAAGCUGGAUCGUGUUUAUAUUUAAUUACAACGGGUGAUUUCUAAUCCAAAAUAUUUAUUAUCCAAUCAGAAUUCAGAACACACACGACAGAUAUAAGUACGUACGUAGCUUUGUUCGAUUCGCGAACUCAUUGACAUCCAAUUAACAUGGAUAUCGACAUCUAUGUCAAGUGUGUCGCAACACUCGGCAAUGCCAAUAUUAGGUCAUUAUGCUAGUUCAAACUAUUAGGAGCGAUCUAUACCAACUGUAUGUGUGUAGCCCUUUACAUCACCUGACACGAUAUCGAGAUUUUUCUACCUUUUUUAGAGUCUGAGGAUCAGACUCAGAUCUUAAAGUACCUAUUACUUGACCUCGCUACAAAAUGUUCCAUGUCUGUUUUAGACAAUUUCUGCUAAAUUUAUGUUAGAUCGAUAGUAUGUCAGAUGGUGUGGGUAGGCUUUUAGAGUGAAAGACGUGUGAUCUUCUUUCUUUUUCUGUGAUAGCGCCUUUCGAAAUUUAAUUUGCUGUUCUACCAUGUAUUUUAAUCUGAAGGCCACGAAACACACACGUUUUAAAGAGAACAUAGCCUUUUUGAGCAUCGGGUCGGCGUCUAUACAGCGCUAUGGAAAAUGGCGUCGCUGCGCAGCGCUGUUGCGUCAACGUUGCGUCGAGCAGCCUCCAUAGAGUUGAGUAAACGCUGACGCACGGAAAACGCUUAGUGUGGAGUGUCUUAACUAAAUAACGGUAUAAGGGCUUGAGCGUUGAGUGUGCGUUUUCGUGGCUAAGUAACCUUGUAAAAAUUGUAUAUUUAGGAUUGUACAAACUGAAAAAUGUCCAUUUAAAGUUACCGUUUAUUUAAAACAGCUUGUUGUAGCUAUGGUUGUUAAUAGUUAGUGUAAGAGAAUUGGAUAUUUUUAUAUCGUUCGUAAUGAUAGACGAGACCAAGAUGUUAAUGGUUAUUUUGUAAGUUUUAUUUA